AUCAAAUAAUAUUAUUGUGCGAAUAUUACCCACCCAAUGGGGCGAGCCCGGUGCUACUAGUAAAAAUUUAUGGCGAAAGAAAAUGAGACCUUCCACCACUUAACCAUUUCCCCCUGAAACCUCCGUUGUCGACAAAAGAAAAAGAAAAACCGAUUUGGGCUUCAACUCGCGAGCAAACAGCUAUCUACCCGCUGCGCAAGAAGAAGAAAAACAAGUGAGAAGCCGGAAACCGAAGAAAGGAACAGCUCCAGCGCAACGCUACACUUCGGAAAAGGUUUUUCGGUGGUCGCGGAUCGCGACCGGGACGGUUUUCCCGGCGAUUCUCAUGAUUCAAACUGCCGCAGCUGCUCUCUCGACGCGAAAUUCCCUGCAAUCGGAUCGCAGUUACACAACCGUUUCGCGUCGUUCACCUUCGCUUUAGGAAAAUAUCCGAUCUGGUGGUUUUGAGCAUAAUUUAGGGGAUUGGAUCGAAGGAAACAGCGAGUUCAUUUCCCCCUCUCCGCAAAUGGCCGGAGCAGUUUCGGCUCUUUUCCUCCUCGACAUAAAGGGCCGGGUCCUGGUGUGGCGCGACUACCGUGGAGAUGUCACCGCAAUCCAGGCCGAGCGCUUCUUCACCAAGCUGAUUGAGAAAGAGGGAGAUCCUCAGUCGCAAGAUCCUGUUGUGUAUGAUAAUGGAGUCACUUACAUGUUUAUUCAGCACAGCAACGUUUACCUUAUGACGGCUGCGCGGCAGAACUGCAAUGCCGCCAGCCUUCUCACAUUUCUGCACCGUGUAGUUGAUGUUUUUAAGCAUUAUUUUGAAGAAUUAGAAGAGGAGUCACUGAGAGAUAACUUUGUUGUAGUGUACGAGUUGUUAGAUGAAAUGAUGGACUUUGGAUAUCCUCAGUAUACCGAGGCUAAAAUUCUGAGCGAGUUCAUCAAGACAGAUGCCUACAGGAUGGAAACUACACAAAGGCCUCCGAUGGCUGUGACAAAUGCUGUGUCCUGGCGCAGUGAGGGGAUCACAUACAAGAAAAAUGAGGUUUUCUUGGAUGUCGUGGAGAGUGUUAACAUACUUGUUAAUAGUAAUGGACAAGUAAUAAGAUCAGAUGUUGUUGGAGCAUUGAAGAUGAGAACUUAUUUGAGUGGUAUGCCUGAGUGUAAGCUUGGCCUAAAUGAUAGAGUAUUGUUGGAGGCUCAAGGUCGAACAACAAAGGGAAAGGCCAUUGAUUUGGAAGAUAUCAAAUUUCAUCAGUGUGUGCGCUUGGCUCGAUUUGAGAAUGAUAGAACUAUAUCCUUCAUACCUCCUGAUGGAUCUUUUGAUCUGAUGACAUACCGACUCAGUACUCAGGUCAAGCCUUUGGUUUGGGUGGAAGCUCAAGUUGAAAAGCAUUCUAGAAGUCGGGUUGAGAUCGUGGUAAAGGCUAGAAGUCAGUUCAAAGAGCGAAGCACAGCAACAAAUGUGGAAAUUGAGUUGCCUGUUCCAGCUGAUGCUUCCAAUCCUAACAUCAGAACGUCAAUGGGAUCAGCAUCAUAUGCUCCUGAACGCGAUGCUCUAAUGUGGAAAAUAAAAUCUUUUCCUGGCGGAAAGGAGUAUAUGUUGAGGGCAGAAUUCAAUCUUCCCAGCAUAACCGCUGAAGAAGCAACGCCGGAGAGAAAAGCUCCUAUACGCGUGAAGUUCGAGAUACCAUAUUUUACUGUUUCAGGAAUCCAGGUUCGAUACCUGAAGAUCAUUGAGAAGAGUGGUUACCAAGCUCUUCCAUGGGUGAGAUACAUAACAAUGGCGGGUGAGUAUGAACUCCGGCUUAUCUGAAAGCUGUGUUAUAUCGCGAUUCAAGUCCCUACAAAAGGCUGAAGAAAACUCUGGGGAUUCCGUAUAAAAAAAAAUCACCUGGAUGAUGAAGGGCGAACCUAUAUGUUUGCUAGCUGCUGGGCCAUUGUUAAUUCUUGGUUUGCAAGAAAUAUCUGCUGCUUAAAAUAGCCAUCUCACCCCACUUGUGAAAUCAUGUGUUAAUUCUGGUUAAUUUUCCGGCUUUUCAAGCUCUUCCUAUGUUUUUCUGGUCACCAAAUCACGAUGAGCCGACCCACCAGCGGAACAUUUGUGUAAUUUUGUGCUUGCUGUAGAUUUGGCAAUUGGCAUAUGGAUAUUUUUGUGCUUCAGAGUGAAGCUUCUGUGCUUACUCUGGCUCCCUUUUUUUAUGCUUCUAAUCUGAUGCUACAGUAUAAGGCGAGAGAGAUCAGAAAAGGGGUUGAGACCGAGCCACCACAAUUCUGGUUAAUUUGAUUCCCACAUCAUCUCCAACCAUAUUAAUUAGCCCCUUGCGGUUGGUUCACAAUCACAAGCUCAUGCAUAUAGUAGGUACGAGCGAGUAGGACUGGGAAAAUAGACCAGACUGUUAGAAAAACCGUGGUCCAAACCGUACCGCAUAGUUUGGUCUGGACCAUAGACCGUUAAGUCUGGUCUGGUCCAUGAUCUGUAUUAUUUUAUGUUUUGAUCUCUUGGUCUGGUCUGGUCUAGACCGCGGUUUAGCGGACCAAACCGUGGACUCAACCGACUUGUCAAUACGUGUUAACAGCCCAUUCAACCACUCUCCCAACUCCCACAAUGACACCCAAGUCUCAACCUUAAUUUUGUGAAUCUCGUCCCUCCUCAUUCACAACCACAUUUAACUAGAGAGUAGAGAUAAUCGUCUUUCCAUAUGACAUUAUGUUAAUGUUUAUGACGUUAUGGUGCAAGUUGGGAUGCUUUUACUUUGUAUCUUUGUUAUGUACUAAGAUUUAGGGUAUAAAAAUUAUUCAUGCAUGUUAGGAUUAAUGUUUUAAGGCAAAUAACAAUGAUUUUUCUUGGUUAUUGGUUCAAUUUUUUGUGUGGUUGACUAAACAAAUUAUUCAUUUUUCGUUGAGUGUGGUCUAUCUGGACCAGACCAGACCGAACCAGACCGUAUAUUCUGUGGUAUGGUCUGUGGUCUAUACUUCAACCUCUCGGUCUGGACCAUAAACCGUAUAGACCAGACCGCACCAUUUCCCAGCCCUACGAGCGAGACUGCGUCAAGAUUUGAUCCAACAUUUCUAUUCCCUUUGUGAUAUGUAUGAGAUCUCAAACCAACCAAUCUUGCGCUACUAGUAUGCACCCUAUGGCAGAAAGCAAAGUUGAGUGAGGAUGGAGAGGGUUUGUCCUGUCAUCCACGAAAUACCAAAUAGUUUGAGGCGAAUGACUUCGAGAGCAAAAAAAGAUAGAGCUAUAAAGGUUAGAAAUAAGG